AUGACAGAACCAUUGCAGCCACAGCAGUACCGAGUGGUCUCGUAUGACCCACCCUCACCUGUGGUCCCGAAGAAGCGGCAGUGCGAGGUAGCCAUCAGCAGUCUCACCCAGCACCACAUCGCAUCCACCUUUGUGCACUACGAGGUGCCGCGAAGGUCGCCCGUCAUGUUGCCUGAGGUCCUGGGCCUGCAGAUGACAAACUGCGAAGGACCUCUGCACCCCACUUCUGCGUGCAGCGCUGUCACUAGCCCUGGCCCUCCCCGCAUCGUGCCUGGCACUGCUGCACUCGCCGCCAUUGCCAGUUCACUCCAGCAGUCAAUCGCGCAACUGGAGCUCGAGUCGCACGAUACGCACAUCAAAAAGGCCAAGCUGGACCAAGGUGACAAGCAAACUGGGUCGAGCUACGAUCACCACGUGCAAAACUACAUUAAGUACUGGACAGCGUUUCAGGCCGAGCGCCAUCAGAAGGCACCCGAGGAGGUGCCCGUCCCAGCUUUUCCUAUCACCACUCUCAAAACCUUCUUCUUCUUGGAGUAUGAGAUGUCUCGUGAAAAGCGCCGAUAUGGCAAGAAUGACACCAUCGCGGGAUCAAAUGUAGGCAAAUUGCACAUCUCGCAGGUGAUCAGUGCACUUGAGAGCUGGUGGCACAACAACACCUAUUUGUACAAGGAUGAUCCCGAUGCACAGCUUUCAUUGCGCUCAGACAUCCGCGUCCGCACUGCGGAGUCUUCCGCAAAGCAUCAGGAACUGAAGCGCAUCAACAAGGUGCAGGCUCUCAAAGCUGUGGGAAGCUCCGGAGACACUUACACACCAGAGGAGCUCAAGCGCUGCUCCAUCUGGUGCCUGUCCGACAUUUCCGGCAGCAAGCAAGUUUGGCUGAGCUUAGGUGACCGUGCCAUGCUCCUCCUGUCGUCAACAAUGGCAUUCCAUGGGGAGAGCUCCCGCAUCCUUGAGUGGUCGGACUUGUUCAUGUCAUCGAUCCCCAUGGAUGAUGUUCGCAUUGGGUACAGGGUUCCGGUGCUUGCUGCACUGGCAGAUAAUGCCAAGCACAACCAGCAGGGCCAUCUAGAUGAGCACGGUGCUAUCCGCCACCGAGAGGUCGAGCUCUGCCCUGUCGGAGGGCUGGCCUUGCUCUUCUUCGGCUUUUUUCACGUCCUUCAUCUACCACUGCCCGACUUGCUCCCAGAUUUUGACGAUAUGGCCUGUGGUGAGUACGGGCACCAUGACUGGUAUGCCUACCAUGUGUUCUGGGGGAAACAACCUGCAGCCCCUAUGUCAUAUGAUAACCACCGGGACAGACUGAGAGGCAUUCACAAGGAGAAUGAGAUCUCGAUCACAAAGGUCACGCAUGCUGGCCGGAGUUAUGCCGCACAGACUGCGCAGGCACAUGGUGCCACGGUCAGUGGGACAAAAGCACUCGGUGGAUGGAAUGAGAACGGGUCCUUCCGCCAGUGCUACAAAUGA